CACAAGCCAACCAUGAUCGCAUACGCGCUUUUCUUCUUCGUCUUCGCCUCUGCAGUUUUAAAUGUACACUGUGACAUCCUCGAGAAGAACAUUACUCUAGCCGCCCAAUGCAUGGAAGAGACGAAAGUAACUCGAGAGGUCGUUGACAGUUAUAUUGAGGACCCCGAGAAAGAACCAACGGAAGACUUUUACUGUUAUCUUCAGUGCGUCUACACAGGAGUCGGUUUAAUCGACGAAAAUGGCGACCUAGACAUUGACUUGUGCAAGUCAAUGUUCGUCGUGGAUGUGGACUGCUUAAAGGACAUGCCCAAGAUCGUCAAAUGCACCGACAUGGAAGCUCUGUCCGAGUGUGUCAAAGAUUAGUCUCCUUCGUUUAUUUUGUCGUUUAUUAUGUGAUUAAAGUUGUUAAAGCAUAUGUUUGCUGUUUUCCAAACCCCAGAAAAAUUUACUUU